ACACUUCCUUGUGAAUGGACCGUUUGGGACGGUCCGGUGCAGCGCAGCGUGGAUCCGUGUUGUGUCUUCACACACAUGUUGGUGUGCAUGGCUGCACAGGGCACGCGAGCAAACUCUUUAAUGAAACACUUUAGUCCCCUGGCUAUGCAACGGCUCGUGCGUUAAUAGAGAAGAGAAGAGGCAUCGUUGUUGCACUUCAGACAGAAUGAAGACGAGAGAGGUGAAGAUUAUCAACCAGGGUCUGGAGGAUGAGAUGGAGGUGUGGGGCUACCAGCCCUGCCUGUGGAAGAUGAUCCUGGUGGGUGUGGGAGCUGUGUGCUCCGGGGGUCUCCUGCUGCUGCUGCUCUACUGGCUGCCUGAGUGGGGCGUUAAGGUCACCUGCACAUGCACCUCGCUGAGGGAUGCACACACACUGCUGCUCAGGACCACGGAUGAGUUCAGGCAGUGGUUUCGAGCCAAAGUACACGUGAUGUCGGCUCCAGGGAAGAAGCCCUUAGACAGCCUGGAACUGCAGUCCACGGAUCAGCUGACCAAUGGAGACGGAGACCACGGCAUCAGUGCUGUGCACCAGGAGCUUCAUGGGAAAUGUGUCCAUGGACAGCCUGUUCAGAUCCACUACUUCACCCACCACAACACUAAAUACUACUGGAAUGAUGUGAUGCAGAACUUUGAAUUUCACAAAGGCUUGGAGGAUGUGAAGAUGAGCUGUGCAAGCAUCCACUCCGCCCACAGCUCCGGGCUCUCUAAAACCCUGCAGGACUACAGGAGGUUGUUUUUCGGGGAGAACGAGAUUGCUGUUAGGGUGCCGUCUAUAUUCAAGCUUCUCAUAAAGGAAGUGUUGAAUCCUUUCUACAUCUUCCAGCUCUUCAGUGUUAUUCUGUGGAGUGCUGAGGACUACUACUAUUAUGCUACCGCCAUAGUUUUCAUGUCUCUGAUUUCAAUAGCUACCUCUCUGUAUUCCAUUAAAAAGCAAUAUGUGAUACUGCAUGACAUGGUGGCAGCACACAGCGUGGUCCGUGUCUCAGUGUGCAGAGGAAAUAAAGAUAUUGAACAGGCCAUGUCAACAGAUCUUGUGCCCGGUGAUGUCAUCAUUAUUCCAGCAAAUGGGAUGAUCAUGCCCUGCGACGCUGUGCUUAUCUGUGGGACCUGCAUCAUAAAUGAGAGCAUGCUGACAGGAGAGAGCGUGCCAGUUACCAAGACAAGUCUGCCUAGUUUAGGGGAGGAGGCGGCCGUGAGCUACAACAUAGAGGAGCACAAGAGACACACCCUGUUCUGUGGUACCCACGUUAUCCAGACCCGCUUCUACGCCGGAGAACUGGUGAAGGCUGUUGUGGUCAGAACAGGCUUCAGUACAGAGAAAGGCCAACUUGUGCGCUCCAUCCUCCACCCUAAACCCACAGACUUCAAGCUGUACCGCGAUGCGUACCUGUUCCUCUUGUGUCUGGUGGGGGUGGCGGGGAUCGGCUUCAUCUACACCGUCGUCCUCAGUAUCAUGAACAAGGUUCCAGUUAAAACUAUCAUCAUUGAAUCUCUGGACAUCAUCACAAUCACCGUGCCCCCGGCCUUACCGGCAGCCAUGACAGCAGGCAUCGUGUACGCCCAGCGCCGUCUGAAGCGCGUAGGCAUCUUUUGCAUCAGUCCUCAAAGGAUCAACAUGUGCGGGCAACUCAACCUGGUUUGUUUUGACAAGACUGGUACUCUGACUGAAGAUGGUUUGGACCUGUGGGGUGUUCAGACAGCUGAAGAUGGCAGCUUUUCUCCCCCGGAGGCUGAUGCAGCUAAAGGAAGUCUGGCUAACAGUGCAUUUGUGGCCUGCAUGGCUACCUGCCACUCACUGACCAAGAUAGAUGGCGAGCUCUCCGGAGACCCUUUAGACCUAAAGAUGUUCAACGCUACAGGCUGGAUCCUAGAAGAGCCCACAGAGGAAGAGACUGCGCUCCACAAUCCCAUAAUGCCCACUGUUGUGCGACCUCCAAACCAUUCCAUCCCCGAAGCCAGUCAGAAAAAUCCACUAACGCAGAACAUGGAGCUGCCUGAAUUAUCACCAUUUGAGAUUGGUAUUGUGCGUCAGUUCCCCUUCUCCUCCACGCUGCAGAGGAUGAGUGUGGUGGUCAGGAGGCUGGGGGAGAAACACAUGAACGCUUUCUUGAAGGGAGCACCGGAGGUGGUGGCCAGCCUCUGCAAACAGCACACAGUUCCACAGAGCUUCCCAGAGACUCUGGAGAGCUACACCAGGCAGGGCUUCAGGGUUAUUGCCCUGGCACAUCGACAGUUGGAGGCCAAACUCUCUUGGCACAAAGUCCAGAGCCUCAGCAGGGACCUGAUAGAAACCAACAUGGAGUUCCUUGGUUUGAUCAUCAUGCAGAACAAAAUAAAAGAGGAAACUGCCGGGGUUUUACGUGAAUUACGUCAAGCUAACAUCCGCACUUUGAUGGUCACGGGUGACAACAUGUUGACGGCGAUAUCAGUGGCUCGAGAAUGUGGGAUGGUCCGUUCAAAUGAGAGGGUCAUUAUUGCAGACGCUGCUCCUCCUAAAGAUUUCCACCUUGCGAGCAUCACAUGGAAUUACACUGAAAACCCCGCUCCCACCAUCAAGGAAAAUCAGACAGUGGAGAUAAACCUGCGGGACGAGGUAUAUGACAAGAAAGUUCCUCAGCAGGAACAACACUAUCACUUCGCUGUGACCGGCAGAACCUUCGCUGUUAUCACUGAGCACUUCCCUCAACUCGUCCAAAAGCUGGUGCUGAGAGCCACUGUGUUUGCCCGCAUGGCUCCAGACCAGAAGACUCAGCUGGUGGAAGUCCUGCAGAGCAUUGACUACACUGUUGGGAUGUGUGGGGAUGGUGCUAAUGACUGUGGAGCUUUAAAGCGAGCUCACAGUGGGAUCUCUCUGUCUGAGCUGGAGGCUUCUGUUGCUUCACCCUUCACCUCCUCCACCCCCAACAUCUCCUGUGUCCCCAACCUCAUCAGGGAGGGCCGAGCUGCUCUCAUCACAUCAUUCUGCGUGUUCAAGUUCAUGGCUCUGUACAGCAUCAUCCAGUACCUCAGCGUCACCCUGCUGUACUCGAUACUGAGCAACUUGGGAGACUUCCAGUUCCUCUUCAUUGACAUUGCCAUCAUUCUCAUCAUUGCCUUCACAAUGAGUCUGAACCCGGCGUGGAAGGAGUUGGUGUGGCAGCGCCCCCCGUCCAGUCUGAUCUCCGGCCCGCUCCUCUUCUCCGUCCUGACCCAGAUCCUCACCAGCCUGGUCUUCCAGGUCCUGGCUUUCCUCUUAGUAAGACAGCAGAGCUGGUAUGAGAAAUGGACGCCUCAGUCAGAUGCCUGUAAUGUUUCCAGAUCAAGUCUCUCUUACAGCCUGAAUGUAACAAGUCCUCAUGACCACAAAAACAUCAGGAACUACGAGAACACCACCCUCUUCUAUGUGUCCUCCUUCCAGUAUCUGGCUGUGGCCAUCAUUUUCUCCAAGGGAAAGCCCUUCAGACAGCCAAGCUACAAGAACUGGCCGUUCAUGCUGUCCUGCAUCGGUCUGUAUACGUUUCUCCUCCUCAUCAUGCUGUAUCCUGUUCCUGCCAUCGACAGCUUCCUGGAGAUCGUGUGUGUUCCCCCUGACUGGCGCGUUACACUGGCCAUCAUUGUCAUAGUGAAUGCGGCUGUGUCUUUCAUGCUGGAGAUUUUGAUCCUUGACAUCAUCUUGCGAAGGCUAGUUUUCAGAUGCAAUCAGGGGCUAAAUCACCCUACAGAGCCCCCCUCUGCUGACACACUUCAGGAGGCCAAUGACCACUGGGGCUCGUCUUUCCUCUCCUGGUUGUUUUGUCGGAGAAGCAAGCCACCGAGGGUGCGCUACAUGCACCUGGCCCUGGAGCUGCAGGACGACGCCGACUGGCCCCCAAGACCCUCCACUGUAACCUACGCCAGCGAUUCACAAUCCCACACCUCUGCCCCACUCUGACCCCUCAGCAAGCAAACUGCUGCA